AUGUCACGCGAAAUCGUUAACAUCCAGGCCGGACAGAUCGGCGAUGCGUUUUGGUCUAUGCUUUUGCUCGAACACGGACUGGAUAGCCAAGGAGUGUAUACUUCGAAAGAUCCCCAGCAGCUUGAUAGGAUUACAACCUACUUUGAGGAGAUUGAACCGACAGGUGGUCGACCAGCACGCUACGUCCCUCGUAGUAUCCAAGUCGAUCUAGAAGGAGGUGUAAUCGGAAAGUUAAAAGUGGAGAACGUGGAAGGCUAUUCGCUCCAGAUUCAUGGGUACAUGCAGACAGUGGAGCAGCGAAUAACUGGGGCAAAGGACGUACGCAUGGAUUACACUGAAGGAGCCGAGCUCGUAGAAGGGCUAUUGGACAUGAUCCGCAAACAAACGGAGAAAUGCGAUGCUCUCCAAGGCUUCCAACUCAUUCAUUCUCUCGGUGGUGGGACCGGCUCCGGCCUCGGAACCUUAUUGCUCUCCAAACUUCGGGAAGAAGAGCCAGAUAGAAUGUUGGCAACGUUCUCUGUCAUGCCAAGCCCCCUCGUGUCAGAGACGGUCGUCGAGCCCUACAACGCAAUGCUUUCGAUCCAUCAACUGACGGAGAAUAGUGACCUGACGAUCUGCAUGGACAACGAAGCGCUACACGGCAUCAACGUUCGGAAUCUCAAAAUCCCCCACCCAGAAUUCUCGCACCUUAAUCACGUAAUUGCCCAAGUCAUGUGCGGUGUCAGCACGAGUCUACGCUUCCCGGGUCACCUUAAUGCCGAUCUCCGAAAGUUGGGGAUGAACCUCAUUCCCUUUCCUCGACUACACUUUCUUCUUCCGAGUUAUUCCCCUUUAAUCGCACAGAAUGCGCAGUCAUAUCAAAGCUUCUCUGUCCCCGAGCUGGUGUCGUCACUAUUUGAUCGACAUAACCUCCUGGUCGCGUGUGACCCACGAAUGGGAAGAAACCUAACUGUAGCUACAAUCUUCCGAGGAAAAGUGUCGAGCCAGGAAGUCGAGGUGGCUGUUCAACAACUCCAAACCAAGAACUCGUCCUCUUUCGUAGAUUGGAUCCCGGACAAUGUGUCCAUUACGCUUUGCCCAGUACCUCCGGUGGGCCAGAAGCAGGCGGCAACAUCGUUGAUGAACACGACCGCUAUCCAGGAAAUGUUUAAGAGAAUCUCGAAUCUAUAUGGGGCUAUGUACAAGCGAAGUGCAUUCCUGCAUUGGUAUACCCAAGAAGGCAUGGACGUGAUGGAGUUCCAAGAAGCCGACAGCAAUGUCAAUGACUUGAUUGCAGAGUACCAACAGUAUGAAGAAGGCGGCGGGAUAGCAGAUGAGUCGUAUGCGCCGUCCUCGAUUGGGCAAUACGAAGAUGAAACACCGUCUGAAUACUAA